ACUAUGUCGUUAAAUAGAUCAUCAUUGUUGUUGGGAUUGAUUGUCUCUUGUGCUGUUCUGUGUUGCAGUGCAGAGUACUUGGAGUAUGAGAAGGUACGUUUGGUUGACACUGCCACCUUCUCCGAUGGUACUUCAAACUACUUGUUCAGAGGCAAUGAGCCAAAGUUAAAAGUAAAUGGUGUCGAUGAGUUUGCUUAUGACACAUUGGUAGAGUAUAUGAAGAAGAAUGCCGCUACAUUCAAUGUUACAAUGCCAGACAACUUCUUGAUAUUCGAUAUUAAGCUCAUCUAUGGAUGGGCCGAUGAGAUGGGCGACGUACAUAUCGAGCAAUGGUUCUUUGGAAACAACACCGACAAGGGACAGUUUGCCCGUCAACAUCACUCUUGGCGACGUUGUCGACCCCAACCUGGUCGAGGUCAAGAUUCGCGACGACAUGGCAAAGGAUCUGGCUCACUGGCAAAAGGACGACCUGCCCAGCCGCAUCCCCUACUACCAUCAGCUGCUCAACACCCAGCAGUCUCAGCCCACCGCCUUCUACAUCCAUUGUGA